AGGGUUCUUGAGAGUUAUGAAGUUUGUGAUCGAGGGGCUCACCGUCUACUUCCCCUAUGAGUUCAUCUAUCGCGAGCAGUAUGCGUACAUGGUGGAGCUCAAGCACGCGCUCGACGCCCGCGGCCAUUGCCUCCUGGAGAUGCCGACGGGCACGGGUAAGACGAUCACGCUCCUCUCCCUCAUCACCAGCUACCAGCUCGCCAAUCCCUCGCUCGCCAAGCUCAUCUACUGCACGCGCACCGUGCACGAGAUGGAGAAGGUGCUGGACGAGCUCCGCCGCCUCCACCUCUACCAGGAGAAGGAGAUUGGCAGCAGCCGGGCCAAGAUCCUGGCGCUGGGCUUGAGCUCCCGGAAGAACCUGUGCAUCCAUCCCGUGGUGAGCGGCGAGACCUCCAGGGAGAGCGUCGACGCCGGCUGCCGAAAGUUGACGGCGUCGUGGGUGAGAGCCGCCGCCGAGACCAACCUCGACAUUGAGACGUGCUCCUUCUACCAGGGAUAUGAGAAGCAAGGCAGCGAGCAGCCAUUGCCUCCCGGCGUCUACACUCUUCACGACCUCCGAGUGUAUGGCAGGCAGCGGGGCUGGUGUCCAUACUUUCUGGCCAGGCAGAUGAUCCAGUUUGCGAAUGUGGUGGUGUACAACUAUCAGUACCUCCUCGACCCCAAGGUGUCGGGGAUCAUCUCCAAGGAGAUGCAAAAGGAGUGCAUCGUCGUCUUUGACGAGGCUCAUAACAUUGACAACGUUUGCAUCGAGGCGCUCAGCGUCAACUUGCGGCAAAACAAUCUCGAUGGCGCCAGCAGGAACAUACACAAGCUCAACCAAAUCAUCUCCAGAUUCAAGGAAACCGAUGCCAACCGUCUGCGGCAGGAGUAUAACAGGCUCGUAGAAGGUCUGGCGCAGCAAGGAAAUCUCCAUGGUUCGGAUAAUUGGCUUGCCAACCCCGUUCUCCCAGAAGACAUUCUGCGUGAGGCUGUGCCCGGGAACAUACGACGAGCAGAACACUUCGUAGCGUUUUUACAGAGAGCGGUACAAUACCUCCGCGAGCGGCUGGACACGGACACGGUAGUGAAAGAGGGUCCUGUUUCUUUCACGACUACGAUGAGCACUGCAGCGGGGCUGGACCAGAAAGCGCUCAAGUUUUGCUACGACCGCUUGCACUCCCUUUUGCUGACGCUGGAGGUGACCGAGAUUGACGAGUUCCUGCAUGUACAAACCGUCUGCAACUUCCUUACUCUCGUUGGCACCUACACUCGCGGUUUCUCCAUCAUCAUCGAACCUUAUGACGAGCGUAUGCCUCAUAUUCCAGAUCCAGUCUUGCAACUAAGCUGUCUAGAUGCGUCUCUCGCCAUCAAACCCGUGUUUGACCGUUUUCAGUCCGUGGUAAUAACUUCAGGAACGUUAAGUCCCAUCGAUCUCUACCCGCGGUUGCUUAACUUUAACCCGGUCAUUAUCCACAGUUUCACAAUGACUCUAACAAGGGACUGCUUGUGUCCGAUGAUCCUCGCGCGAGGAAGUGAUCAACUUCCGGUGAGUUCAAAGUUUGAUAUGCGGAGCGACCCUGGUGUGGUCCGAAAUUAUGGACGCCUCUUGCUCGAAAUGGUGGCCACUGUCCCGGAUGGAGUGGUAUGUUUCUUUGUAAGUUAUUCAUACAUGGACGGGAUAAUCAACAGCUGGAAUGAGAUGGGAAUCUUACAGGAGGUUAUGCAACAUAAGUUGGUGUUCAUAGAAACGCAAGACUAUGUUGAAACUACUUUGGCCUUGGAGAACUUCCGUCAAGCCUGUGAUUGUGGCCGUGGAGCCGUAUUUUUCUCAGUCGCUAGGGGGAAAGUUGCAGAAGGUAUUGACUUCGAUCGACAUUAUGGUCGCCUUGUCAUAAUGUUUGGGGUGCCGUUUCAGUAUACACUGAGCAAAAUAUUGAAUGCGCGCCUGGAGUAUUUGCGAGAUACAUUUCAGAUAAAGGAGGGAGACUUUCUCACCUUCGAUGCUGUGAGACAAGCUGCUCAAUGCGUAGGCCGUGUCAUUCGCUCAAAAGCAGAUUACGGAAUGAUGAUAUUUGCAGACAAGAGGUAUAACCUUCCUAACAAACGAAACAAGUUGCCGCAGUGGAUUCAAUCUCAGCUACGGGAAGAGCACCUAAACCUGAGUACUGAUAUGGCAGUCCACAUUGCCCGAGAAUUUUUGCGGCGGAUGGCUCAACCAUCAGACCCUCAGGUCAGCAAAUCAACACUGCUGUCACAAGAAGAUCUGGAGAAGAUGGCUGCGAUGCCAAACUUCUAGCUUCCAACCAGGUUUCUUCGGAUCUUUCUUUUCUUCCCAAGGCAAAAACGUUGGGGCUGCGGACCAGGACAGAAACCAAAUGGUUUGAAAGGAAGCGAGCGAGCGAGGCUUCUUGAAGCCUGCAAAGCGUACGUUAUGUCCUUCCACCAUACAUCAUUGUCAAGCGUCGCCUGGUCACGAGAAGGAUUUUUUACAAUGCUCUUUCCGUACACAACUCUCGUCGAUCGCCUCAGGCAGUAUCUGUCGGCUAAUGUGGAGUUCGGCCAGAACAUGGGCCAGAACGUCUAUGCUCGAGUCACGCUUUCCAUUAUCGGGGGUGUGCUAGGAGCCACCGAGGUCGUCAACUCAGCAAGGGACGUGUGAUCGAAUUUAUGGACGAGGUCAGGGUCGGACGGAUUGGUAACCAUUGCACUGCGAUACGUUGGACUUCGCCACGAGACGCUCGAGCCCGAGCCCGACGAGAACAAUGCCGAUCUCCUCGUCAUCAAAGAGUAGAUUUGGGAUAGAUUCAAGCCACAUGUUGACGAUGAUAGGCACGACUGCUAGAUCUACAUGACGACCCUGGUGAGUAGCUUCAUGAGAGGUAAAGUUCCAGCAUCGUAUCUUAGUAGUGGCAACAGCAUCACUUCUGUCAGUGGAGGGUUCCGAUUGACAAUGCAAACAGAUACUUAGGGUUGUAA